UUAUAAACAAUUACAAAACUUUACUCUUGUUUCGAAACCACUGGUAUGCACUGGUAUAAAAUAUGGUCUGGAGGUUAUCAAUACAACUGCCGAUUGAAGUUGUGAUUAAAUUUGGCAGAAGGAUUAGAAUACACGAACCCACGUUUAUUCUGCACUAUAAUGUUUGAUAAAACAUAGAGACAUACUUCAUAUCUAAGCCACUUGUAAUUGUUGACCAAAUUCCUACAAUGGAGGGAACUUUGUUUAUUGAAGUUGGCAUCUUAAUCUUCCUCAUAAUUCUAGUCAGAGUCUUCUACCUCAUCCACAAAAUAACCACAGGAAACACAAAGAUAUACCCAAAGCGUAUGAAGCCAGCUAAAACUUUAAUAUGUAUAGGUUCUGGUGGACACACCACAGAAAUGUUGACUCUGAUGGAAUCUCUAGAUUUUAGCAAUUAUACUUCUAGACAUUACAUAAUGGCCAGUAGUGAUUCCACCAGUAUCAGUAAAGUGAACACCUUUGAAAGUCACAUAAAUAAAGGCAAAUAUUCAAUAAAAAGAAUACCAAGAAGUAGGCAUGUGCAUCAGAGUUAUAUUAGCUCUGUCUUUACAACAAUCUAUGCAACUUUACAUUGUAUACCAGUAGUGCUAAGGUUGAGGCCAGAUCUAAUACUAUGCAAUGGUCCUGGCACAUGCAUUCCAAUAUGUAUUGUGGCAUUUAUCAUGAAGGUUGCAUUUUUGUGUGACACUAAGAUUGUGUUCAUUGAGAGCUUCUGCAGAACUCAAACAUUUUCCCUCAGUGGGAAGAUUUUAAUUUAUGUCGCUGAUAAUAUUCUGGUGCAGUGGCCAUCUUUAAAGAGGAAAUUGAAGAGGUCUGAUUAUAUAGGACAAUUGAUGUAAGAAGUUGUAUCAUUAAAUGUAUUUUUGUAUUUUUUAUUAUGUGAAAGAAUUUUGAUGAUUUUUAUGUAUUUAAUUAAAUAAAUUGACUGUGUGAAUCAUUGCAAAUACUAAA